CAUGAUAGCAUCCCGCACCGGAAACGACCUCCCUGAUCACAGCCAACAAACCCCGUCCCGCCCAGAAGCCGCCGACAAUAUGCAGCCGACCAGGUGUCUACUCAAGCGAUCGGUGUGGAAGGGCCCGCACAUUGUCCCCCUCCCCAUUCCCAAACUCACACUAGGCGUCAACCCGAGGCCCAUCAGGACACAGGCCCGCGCCGCCACGAUCCUGCCCAACUUUGUCGGUCUCAAGUUCCAGGUCUACAAUGGCAAGGUCUACCACGAGGUGCAAAUAACAGAAGAGAUGGUCGGACACAAACUGGGAGAGUUUUCGCCGACACGGAAACCCUUCAUCUGGAACAAGAAAUAAACGCUGCCUUGCUUAAGAAGAGGCGCGUGACUGUGAACCCUUGCUACGAAUAUUACGGCGGCGGUGCUGGGUCUUUUUUUUUCCCGGUAUAGAAAUCUUGCAUUGGACUUCAUUACUUGUACUUUUAUUGUAUAUCCUAUGGACAUCGUGGUCCGGCAAGAAAACGAGAGGUUGAUGCCAGCUCCCUUUAUUUUCCAGGUAUCUCCCUAUCCAGAGAGUGAUGCUCAUCAGGCCCUGCGCAAGGGGACGUAUCAAGGACGACCGCACAUGCACCCUUUUGGUGACUGAUCAGACAAGAAAAAGAUAUGCAUGUUGAUAUCUGUAAAGAACCCAAAUUCAUAACGCCAAAUCCCCAGCCCUCCUAGACCCAGAACGCCGUAUGUAUGUAGUAGUAAAAGAAAUGUCAAGCAAAUAAAGAAAGCCUCCCAUCGAGUCG